AUGGUAGUCAGCCCGCUCUUAACACAGCCGAUGUCCUAUGAGCCCAUCGAAACACGCCUUGCCGCCAUGCGCGCUGCUCUAUCCGAAGGCUUCUCUCCCAACGAACUCGACAAGCGCCCCCGCGGUGUAGGCCGCCCGCUAGACUGUGCAAUCGAAGAUGGCUGGCCCGCCGACUUUGCCCAUCUCAAGCAAAAUCUCCCUGUUGUCCAUCUGCUUCUCGAAGCCGGGGCUGAUCCCAGGCUUCCUUCUCGGGAUCCGCCCGGCCGCUCGCCAAUUGAUUCCCUAGAGGCCUGGUUCAAGCAGUAUGAGAUCAGAGGGCAUGAAUUCGGUGCUGAGCAUCUAGAGCUGAAACCUUUCUUUGAGAAGGCUUUGGAAGCUAUGAAAAAAGUUGCUGAUGAGCUUAAUGGUGAGUUGGCGUUGACAUAG